AUGGCCUUGAGCCUGGGCGAAAGCGGAGUGCAGGCGUACGGAAGAGAUCUCUCUCACCACCAGCAGCAGCCCACGAGAUGUGCCCAUCACCUUCACCACCACGACAAAGGCACGAAGAAAGAUGGAUCCCUGGAUGCUUUUUGGUCCAGGCCCGAGUCUCGAAUCUGGACUGUGAUGCUGCUGCUUGGCACCUGCUUGCUGUACUGUGCGAGGGUUGCUAUGCCCAUCUGCGUGGUUGCCAUGAGCACUCACUUUGACUGGGACAAGAAACAGUCGGGCCUGGUUCUCAGCAGCUUUUUCUGGGGCUACUGUUUAACCCAGGUCGUCGGAGGGCACCUGAGCGACCGGAUAGGAGGAGAGAAAGUCCUUCUCCUCUCUGCGACUGCCUGGGGAUCCAUUACAGCCCUCACCCCUCUGCUCAUCUAUCUCAGCUCCACCCACCUCAUUCUUAUGACCAUCUCCCGGUUCCUCGUGGGGCUCUUGCAAGGGGUUUUCUUUCCUGCCCUAGCCAGCUUGUUUUCCCAGAAGGUGCGGGAAAGUGAAAGAGCGUUCACCUAUAGCACAGUGGGAACAGGAUCUCAAGUUGGGACACUGGUGAUGGGUGGAGCAGGAUCCGUCCUCUUGGAGUGGUACGGGUGGGAAAGCGUCUUCUACUUCUCAGGCCUGCUCACGCUGCUCUGGGUUUACUGCAUGUGCAAAUACCUCUUCCAUGAAAAAGAACUCAUCAUCCCAUUGGAAGACUUAGCCAAGGGCCUCUCCUUACCGAAACAGUCCAAAGUGCCUUGGAGACAGUUAUUUAAAAAGGCCCCUGUGUGGGCUGUCAUAGUAGCUCAGCUCUGUGCGGCCAGCACCUUCUUCACCCUGCUCUCCUGGCUGCCCACUUUCUUCAAGGAAACGUUCCCUGAUUCGAAAGGGUGGGUAUUUAACGUCGUUCCAUGGCUGGUGGCAAUCCCAGCAAGUUUGUUGAGUGGAUUCCUCUCCGAUCAGUUAAUCAAUCAAGGAUAUAAAACAAUCACUACUCGUAAGAUUAUGCAGGUGGUUGGCUCCGGCGUGUCUAGCAUUUUUGCCUUGUGCAUCGGUCACACCUCCAGUUUCUGCAGAGCGGUAGUGUUUGCUUCUGCUUGCAUCGGACUCCAGGGCUUCAACCACAGCGGCAUCGCAGUCAACGUCCAGGAUCUGGCCCCUUCAUGCGCCGGCCUGUUGUUUGGUGUGGCCAAUACUGGUGGAGCUUUAUUAGGUGUGGUCUGUGUGUAUUUGGCUGGACAUCUGAUUGAGAGCACAGGCUCCUGGACGUCUGUUUUCCAUCUUGUGGCGAUGGUGAAUGUCCUCGGACUUUGUACAUUUCUGAUCUUCGGAAAAGCCCAAAGAGUGGACAUCGACUCUGCGUACGUAGAUUUAUAA